AUGAGGACCACCAUGCCCGCUGGAAUGUGGGUGCAGCCAGGCUGGCCCACCCAUGAGGCCAGGUGAGGCAGUUGCCUCGGGCAGCAGAAUCCACAGGAGCAGCGGAUCCCGAAGGAGAGCUUUGUGGUUCACCUCGGGUGCAAAAAUGUAUCAGUCUGGCCAUGUGUGUAGACCAAGGUCUUCUGGCACGCUUGUACUGAUGCUCUCCCUCAGUUACUCACUAUAUUGCCACGCUAAGGCCACCUUCCUCCAUCCCUCCCCACUAAUUCGGUCACUCAUUUAAAGCCUUUCGAUGGUUCCUGAAAUGUACGGGUAGUCAAAGAUAAGUGCCCAGCUAUCAUGUUGAAACAGCAGCACCAACACAUUAAAUCUCCCCUCAUAAUAUUGCACUCUUGUCUUCUAGUAAAAUAGCAACACAGUCUCAACGUAUUUUCUACUCCUUACAACAUGAAUGCAAGCCAACUGCCAUGCCUGAUAUGUUCCAAGCAUCUGAAAGAAAAUUAUAUCACGUAAGCAAUUUUUGUUAACAACCAAAACAGUCAAAACAGCCGCUCAGGCCCAAGUACCUUGAGCACAGCAUCUGCAAUAUCAUGAUUGCCAGGAACAGAUUCAACACAGAUAAGUAUAUGGACCUUGCUCUGUGCUGUGCUGCAGAUGUAGCAUGACUUUGCUCACAGAUCUCAAGGGGGAAGUAACCAUGUUACGAUUAUAGAUGGAGAAUACAGAGAAAAUCUAUGCAUGCCCUCUAACAUUUCAAAGUUGAAAAUAACAACCAUGUGGUAGCUUAAGUUUUCCUUUGGUAAACAGAUGAAAUACAGGUAUCUCUCUGGAAGCUGUUGCCAAAGAUGAAAAUAGGGGUGCAUCUGUAUUUAUAAAACCCUUAUUUUUGCAUCAAGAUUCAGAGGCUGUGCUUGUUGCUUCCUUAUAUACUAGUAUAUAUUCACUGGUAAAAGUAUUGAAACUACUCAUACAGUAAAAUUUACUUAUUUAAUCCUUUGUAGUGAUGAACAAAUAUAUUUAUAAAAUUAUGGUUUGAAAUAAAUGUAUUUGUCUUAAAAAAAUUGAUCUGUUUAUUAUGUGGCAUCAAACUUCUGACUGCCGUGGUGAAUUAGUAGUUAUAGGACAUACAUUAAAAGUAUUACAAUCAUUACAAUGAAAUGCACUUGUAAAGUUUAAUUUAGACUGCAAUCCUAAACUCACAUAAUUGGAAGUACCGUAAUUCUCAUUGAACCCAAUCAGACUUACUUUUCAAUAGACAUGUAUAGGGUUGCAGCUUCAAGCUCUUUGAAUUAUUGGCAGAGUUGCGGUAGCAGUGUAACUUAGACUUCAUACAUAACUGCUAUAGCUAAACUCCAACCAAGUAUUUUGAGACCAACAACACAAUUUACACUGAACUAAGUUGUCGGGCUAUCUUAAAAAACGAGGGAAAGGUAGAUCCAGGAAAAUACACAACAGUCAGCCAGAUGCUGACACCAACCAAAAUUAUACAACAUAUUAUUAAGCAAUCGCUCUAUGAGGAUUGUUUACAAGAAGCCACAUGGGUUUUCCAAGAAUGUCAUGUGAGACAAACCUUAUCUACUUAAUUUUAAUUGACAACCUUCUAACUAUAAUUCUAUGAUUCAAAACAAAGAAAUAUCAAAACAGCCCCACAUAAGUUCAUCCCACACAGGAAAAAGGGUAAAGGAAGAAUGUGCAUGCAAAAGUGAGAAUGUGUGAAGGAAGGAAUCCUUCAAAAUCAAAACCUUAUACAUAUUGUUGUUUGAUCCAAAAAUGUAUUCACUAUCUUACAAAGGGUUAGUCAGCACAAACAAACAAGAAAUGCAUUUAUCCUUAUGCCAUAAUACAUUUGAUAUUACAGUAUUUUAUAUGCCACAAAUUUUUGUUCCUUUUGCAGGAAAAGGAGGGGAAAGAAAACUCAGUGGCAGGGAUGAUGAAGGGCUUGCAUAAUGCUGCCAGGAGUAGGCAAUCUGGCCAGGUUGAUAGUAGCAUCCCAUGGUGGACAGCUCCUUGCCUGAGCCUCACUUCAGCGAAGCAUGCAGUCAUGACCAGGACUUGA